AUGCGACAGAUCAUGCUCAACACCGACCUCCAUAAUCCCAACAUCCGCCCCGAGAAACGCAUGAGCUGCGGCGCGUUCGUCCGCAACAACGAGAACUACGGCGGGGACAUCAGCGGCGGGCGCGACCUGCCCGCCGACUACCUCGAGUCCGUGUACACGUCCAUCAAGGAGCAGCCCAUCGCCACCUCUGGCGGGGGGCCGGACGACGCUGUCACCGCCCACGGGAUGGAGGCGUGCGGGGGGCGGGGAGUGGGGAAGGAGGAGCUGGAAGAGUACGACCGAGAAGUGAUUUCGGCGUGCUGGCCGUCAGUGCUCAAGGCUGCCUCAGCGGCGUUCGCCACGAGGCAAGGGCGAGACGCGUUGGCUCUGGGAGCCUCUGUGGACCUGUUCCUGAUCCUUGCGAGGCUUUGCGGUCACCAUCGUGGUCUACAGAACGCCUUCGACAAGGUGAUCCUGCUCUUGUGCCGGUUCACCGGGCUGGUGGGGCCAAUCAGACCGCCAGCACCGCGCACCAACAGCGACAGUGGUAGCAGCCAUGACGAUGACGACGGCGGCGGCGACAACAGCGACCCCGAUCUCAGCGAAGGGGGUCCGGCAGCGACGGGAACUAGCGGCAUGAAACGCCUCAUGAGUGGAAACCCUGCCGCGCGAACGGCGGCCGUGACAGCGUUCGGUAUCGCUCAUCGGUCGGGCGAUCACAUGAGAGAGGGCUGGCUCCCACUGCUGCAGCUAAUAUUCGCCAUGCGGGACCUUCACAUCUUGCCCAAGGAGGCAUUGUCAGAAACAGGGGAAGACCUGCUGGAACAUCGAGAGCGCGCCGUCUUCAACGCAAGCGUGCUGUCAGGCGAAUUUUGUAACACCGCAACUACCGCUACCUCUAAUGCUGUCACGAACACGGAGCACCGGCAAGGCGUGGGCGAGAGAAACGCGGCGCAUCACGGCCGCACCACCGCCGUCAACCCUGGAAGCGAAGGCAGAGAAAAUAGAUUCGGCGGCGGCGCUAGUAGUAGUAGUGACCGCGAGGCCACGAUAUCCUGGGUGGUGGGAAGGAGGCCAGCGGGGGAGGAAGGGUCCCGAGCUCUGCUGUUGGUAUCCGUCGACUCUUCCGCCAGCAGCGGUGCUGCUACCCCCCUCGCAGGUGGCGCCGAAGCGGCCACUUGUCUGUUGGAUGAGGCGGGCGGGCAGGAGGGAUACGGGGGUGACCAACAACAACAAGACGAGGAGGAGGGCGUGGUCCACCCGGCCGUCGAACUCUGGAACGAGACGUUUGAGGAGGACGAGCUAUCGGACGCCGACGGCGGCGUAGGCGACGACGGUGAUGCUGAGCGUGAGGUGGAGGAGGGGGACGGGGAGGGGGCGCAUAAAUGGUUCUUUGAGGCUCCACGAUCGAAGGGACGCGACGCUCGCAAGGGGGGCGCUGCAGACGGGCGUGGUCCCUACGGUCUCGAAUGGGUCGCCCAGGCGCGGGUGCAAGACCUCGUCGGCGAGAGCCGCCGCCUUGACGCCGACUCCCUGAGGGCACUGAUUCACGCCCUGAUCGCCGUGGUGCACGGCAGCCUACCGGCUCACGAGCGACGGCGGAGGCGAGGGUUUGAAGGAGGCGCGGGCGGGGGGACAGGUGUUGGUGAUUGUAGCACAGCAACACAUUGGGAAGGGAGUGGUGGCACGGCGGCGGCGGUGGCGACGGAAGCAACCGAGGACGGGCUCCAGUUUCGACGACGGACGUGAGGCUUGCUUUUGGGGGGGGGAGCAGGGGCGUACGGGGGAUGAAGUAUCCGGCCGAACAUACCUGCUGACGAUUUUGGCAAAGUACUUUGUUCUUUGACAAGGAUCCUACUUGGCCAACUCGUACUAGCGUUUAUUUCAUGAAGAACGUGUGAGCGUCCAGUCCCCCACUCUCUCAUCCGCAGCCCUCCAACCCGUUCCAUUCAACCUUUGUUCGACCGCCCAUCUCCUGUGACUUGUAUUGCGACAACUUGCCUCGGGCAGCACGCCGCAAGUAUCGACGGCGUCCUUGGCGUACGCGGAGGUGUUGAUCGCAGAGAUAGCGCUGAGGAAUCGGGAGCGGAUCGUGCUCGUCCUGCCGGUUCUGCUAGAGCACUACAGGUGGGGGGGAAUACAAUCAUCCCUCGGUAAAGGACACCAUUUGUAAAGACACUCCCCCGGUUAAGGACAACAUUGUUUUCACAGGCAUGGUGGCUCGCAGAAUGACAGGGUAAGGAGGGGUAUCAACCUAAAGGACACUUCCCUGGCUCAAGGGACACUUAUUGAAACGAAACACCAUGUAUGUCCUUAACCGAGGGCCCACUGUACGAAGCAGCAUUGUUG